GGAGCUCGGGCUGCCGAGGCUGCUGAGACCGCCGCUUCGCUCACUCUCACUUGGUCGCGCUGGAUCUCCACACGCUCUCCCCCUCUCACCCCCCUCCAAUCUGUGUCUUUCAGUAGAUGGAUCUCUUCAAGCUCUGCCCUGCCUAACAUGGACGCCCGGCCACCUCCACCACCACCACCUCCACCAUCAUCUUCCUCAGCUGAGUCGGAGGGCUGUUUCUUCUUGGCGCAGUGAGCUGGACACGCAGUGCUUUUUUCCUUCUUUUUUUUUUUUUCUUUUGCUAAAUGGAUGUGGGGAAAGCGUUGCCCAGCCCGCCGGUGGUGCCCAACCGCCUCGCUUCACGUUAAAGCGGUGAAAGAGAAAAUAAUUCUGGGGAAUAUACCGAUUCAGGGAAUAAUAAUCCUGUGCACCACACAAGCACCAUGAAGAUUACCUCCCUGCUGAUACUUAAUGCGAGAGUCAGGUGCACCAUCAGGCUUCUACUGCUGCUAUUACACUGUGUGGGAUAUUCUCAUGGGAUGCCACACGUCUUGAGAUUCGGGGGGAUAUUUGAGUCCAUUGAAAGCGGCCCGUCAGGUGCUGAGGAACUAGCCUUUAAAUUUGCUUUAAACACAAUCAACAGGAACAGAACCCUACUGCCAAACACCACGCUCACCUACGACAUCCAAAGGAUAAACAUCUAUGACAGCUUUGAAGCCUCCAGGAAAGCCUGUGACCAGCUUUCUCUGGGGGUGGCGGCCAUCUUCGGUCCAUCUCACAGUUCCUCGGCCAAUGCGGUCCAGUCCAUUUGCAACGCCCUGGGGGUGCCACAUAUCCAGACCAAAUGGAAGCACCAAGUAUCGGACAACAGAGACGUCUUCUACGUUAGCCUCUACCCAGACUUCUCCUCGCUCAGCCGGGCCAUCCUGGACCUGGUCCAUUUCUUCAAGUGGAAGACGGUCACUGUGGUUUAUGACGACAGCACUGGUCUGAUUCGGUUGCAAGAGCUUAUAAAGGCGCCAUCGCGGUACAACAUCCGGUUAAAGAUCCGGCAGCUACCUGCAGAGACCAAGGAUGCUAAGCCGCUGUUGAAAGAGAUGAAGAGGGGGAAGGAGUUCCACAUCAUCUUUGACUGUGGCCACGAAAUGGCUGCCGGGAUCCUGAAGCAGGCUCUCGCCAUGGGGAUGAUGACAGAGUAUUAUCACUAUAUCUUCACCACACUGGAUCUGUUUGCACUGGACGUGGAGCCAUACCGAUACAGUGGUGUGAACAUGACAGGCUUCAGGAUCCUCAACACUGAGAACAGCCAGGUGGCCUCCAUCAUCGAGAAAUGGUCCAUGGAGCGACUGCAGGCUCCACCCAAACCUGACUCUGGUCUACUGGACGGCUUCAUGACCACGGACGCCGCGCUGAUGUACGAUGCCGUGCACGUGGUGGCCGUGGCUGUGCAGCAGUCUCAGCAGAUCACUGUCAGCUCAUUACAGUGCAACCGACACAAGCCCUGGCGCUUCGGGAACCGCUUCAUGGCCCUCAUCAAAGAGGCUCACUGGGAUGGUCUGACCGGGAGAAUCACUUUCAACCGGACCAAUGGCUUGAGGACAGACUUUGACCUCGAUGUCAUUAGUCUGAAGGAGGAGGGGCUUGAAAAGAUUGGUACCUGGGAUCCUCCAAGUGGCCUGAACAUGACAGACAACCAGAAGGGGAAGACGACGAAUGUUUCUGAUUCCUUAUCCAAUCGAUCCUUGGUUGUCUCCACCAUACUGGAAGAGCCAUACGUGAUGUUUAAGAAGUCUGACAAGCCGCUGUACGGGAACGACCGCUUCGAGGGCUACUGCAUAGACCUGCUGAGAGAGCUGGCCAACAUCCUGGGCUUCACUUAUGAGGUUCGCCUGGUGGAAGAUGGGAGAUACGGUGCCCAGGAUGAGAACACGGGCCAGUGGAAUGGCAUGGUCAAGGAGCUAAUGGACCACAGAGCUGAUCUGGCAGUGGCUCCCCUCGCCAUCACAUACGUGCGCGAAAAGGUUAUCGACUUCUCCAAGCCCUUCAUGACGCUGGGUAUAAGUAUACUGUACCGCAAGCCCAACGGGACCAACCCUGGGGUCUUCUCCUUCCUCAACCCCCUCUCGCCUGAUAUCUGGAUGUAUAUUCUGCUGGCUUACUUGGGUGUCAGUUGUGUGCUGUUUGUCAUAGCCAGGUUUAGUCCCUACGAGUGGUAUAACCCCCACCCUUGCAACCCUGACUCGGAUGUAGUGGAAAACAAUUUCACCCUGCUAAAUAGUUUCUGGUUCGGAGUUGGAGCUCUCAUGCAGCAAGGAUCUGAGCUCAUGCCGAAAGCCCUCUCCACCAGAAUUGUAGGAGGAAUCUGGUGGUUUUUCACGCUCAUCAUCAUCUCGUCCUACACGGCCAACCUAGCGGCGUUCCUCACUGUGGAGAGGAUGGAGUCACCCAUUGACUCUGCCGACGACCUGGCCAAGCAGACCAAGAUCGAGUACGGGGUGGUAGAAGACGGCUCCACCAUGACCUUCUUCAAGAAAACCAAGAUCUCCACGUAUGACAAGAUGUGGGAGUUCAUGAGCAGUCGGAGGCACUCAGUGAUGGUGAAGAACAUUGACGAAGGCAUUCACCGUGUGCUCACCUCAGACUACGCAUUCCUCAUGGAGUCUACCACCAUUGAGUUUGUCACCCAGCGCAACUGCAACCUCACCCAGAUUGGAGGCCUCAUUGACUCCAAAGCCUACGGGGUGGGCACCCCAAUGGGCUCUCCAUACCGAGAUAAGAUCACUAUUGCCAUCCUGCAGCUCCAGGAGGAAGGGAAGCUGCACAUGAUGAAGGAAAAGUGGUGGAGAGGAAACGGCUGUCCGGAGGAGGAGAGUAAGGAGGCCAGCGCCCUCGGGGUGCAGAACAUCGGAGGGAUCUUCAUCGUCCUCGCCGCUGGACUCGUCCUGUCCGUGUUCGUGGCCGUGGGGGAGUUCCUUUACAAGUCCAAACAGAAUGCACAACUUGAAAAGAGGUCCUUCUGCAGUGCCAUGGUGGACGAACUGCGGGUUUCCCUCAAGUGCCAGCGCCGGCUCAAACACAAGCCCCAGCCGCCCGUCAUGGUGAAAACGGAGGAGGUCAUCAACAUGCACACCUUCAACGACCGCAGACUGCCAGGGAAAGAGACCAUGGCCUAA